AAAUAAUUUGAGGUAUGGCAGCGACAGCAGCUAAAAUGCCCGACCAGGGAGGGACGUACACGUUCCAGUCCAAACCCCACGAGGGACCCCCUGCCAUGAAAUUCAGAGAUCCUUAUCAAACUACAAAUGGACCAGCAUUGUACGGCAACAUCAUGUACGAUAGGAGAAUUGUCAGAGGAAACACUUACGCUCAACAUAUCCUACCCGCUACGGUACAGCCGGACCCAAUUGAGGUUCAGAGACAAGCAGAAGCUAGGAGACGUAUUCUCGCUAGGAAGAGGGCAACUGAUCAGCUGAGACCAAGAUCUGCCGAACCAGUUGAGGGAAGGAAACACAUCGACGUCCAGACUGAACUCUACCUGGAAGAAAUAAAAGAUCGAGUUGAGGAAGCCGAUGUUGAAUGUCAGACAGAUGCUUUCCUGGAUAGACCGCCCACCCCAUUGUUCGUACCAGCUAAAACUGGAGUUGAUAACGUCACUCAGAUUCUUGACGGAGAGUUGUUUGAUUUCGAUAUUGAAGUGAAGCCGAUUCUAGAAGUUCUGGUUGGAAAGACCAUUGAACAAGCCCUGAUGGAAGUCAUGGAGGAAGAGGAGCUGGCUAACCUGAGAGCUCAACAGAGGCAAUUCGAAGAAUUACGACAUGCUGAAUUGGUGGAGACACAACGUCUGGAGGAACAAGAACGCAGACACUGCGAGGAAAAACAGAGGCGUAUGGCACAACAACGGGAGGUUCUUUCCAUUGAGGCAGAAACUGCCAGAAAGAUUGCAGCCCGAGCAUUCGCUCAGAACUAUCUGUCAGAUCUUGUGCCCUCCGUGUUUGGUGCUCUCAGUGAAAAUGGGUACUUCUACGAUCCAGUUGCCAAGGAUGUUGAAGGCAACUUUGUGCCUUGGUUGUUGAGCCGAGUGAAGGAGAAUAUGGGACAUGUUCUUCUUUCAAGAGUUAUGGUUGAUGAGCUGAUCAGAGCUGUGUGUGAUAAGAGAAUACCCCAGGCAUGAUCAGGCAAGUCAGCAACGAUUAGAGGCCAGAGCACGGUCUCGGGCCAACGAGGAACCAGCCCCGGCCCCCGUAGCACCGGCCCCUAAAGAUUCAGCCGACUCAGCAGUUUCGGUACUUCCAGCCCCCUCUUCAGCAUCGCCCGUAGAUCCCCUUGGUCCUACGAUACCAAACAUCGAGACAACGGCUGCAACAGACUUUCAAUCAACCGAUAUUCCACCUAUUAUCGAGUCAUCUGACACCCAGCAAUAGAUUGUAACUUAUUUGUAUUUAUUUGGACAUUUCAUAUGGAUUAUGAAAAUCUUGUGCCAGGCAUGCCAUUUAUUCAAGUUUGUUAAAAGAAAAUAUAUUUUGAAGCGAUUGAACCGAAAAAAUUCAAAUUUAAAAUGUGUUAAAGAAUGGUAUAAUAGUAAUUUUAUCUGUUAUUGAUACUUAUUACCUGGCCUAAAAUAUUGUUCAUCACGUCUUUCUUGAAACUUUUCGUCAACGAUCCACUAUGUAAUGGGAAAAUUGUUUGAUCGAUUUUUGUGCUAAUGUGUGAUAAAAUAAAGGAUUUUAUAACUGCAAACUUUGAAAGUGUUUAUCGAAUGUACAUAAUACCAUCUUUCAGUUUUGCUAAUUUUAA